CUUCGACUUGCACCACUUUCUCAAUGCAAAGCUGCCGUCGAGACUCCACGAUCCUUCCCACCGCAUCGCCUUCUUCUCGCUCUCUCUUUCUCGGCAAUCAAUGUUCUCUCGCCUCUCUCUGAUCGCCAGACACCUCCUUCGACCGCUGCCAAACUACGCGCACCGCUCUUCUGCCGCCUUGUCCUCGUCCUCUGCCUCCAAAAUGACAUCAUCCAAUGGCGACUACACCGUCUCUGCGCCCAACAAGGGAAUGAUACAUACGGCAGGGUGUAUAGUGAUAGGAGAUGAGGUCUUGGGUGGAAAGGUCAGAUCGGGCCCCCUACGCCUCAGAGAGUCGUCCGCAAUAGUUGGCUUGGGGAGAAUGGCAGAACUGACCGCCUGCGCACGAGCGUGUUAGACCGUCGACACCAAUUCCGCAUAUUUUGCCCGCUUCUGCUUUUCCCUAGGGAUGCAAUUAAAGAGAAUCGAAGUCAUCGCGGACGACGAAGACGAGAUAAUAGAGGCUGCGCGGCGCAUGUCGAAGAAUUACGAUUUCGUGGUGACGAGCGGCGGGAUCGGUCCUACGCACGAUGAUAUAACAUACCAGUCAAUAGCCAAAGCUUUUGGUCUGGAGCUGAAACUACACGAGCCGACCAUGGGCAAGAUGAGGAAAUACUCUAGACCUCACAAAUCACAACCAGAUUUCGACUGGGAUAUACCUUCACCGGCCUUGACGGCAAAGAUGCGCAUGGCUCAACUACCAACAGACCCUAAUAUUCCCGACGAGGAGCAGGUUAUAUAUGUCAAGGAGGACCUCUGGGUCCCGAUCUCGGUGGUCAACGGUAACAUCCAUAUCCUGCCUGGUGUGCCGAGGAUAUUCGAGACGCUGUUGGAUGGGAUGAAGCCUCGCAUUCUUCCUCGUCUGAAAGACCCCGAAGGGAAGGGAAUGUAUCGGAUGCUCUUUAGCACUCCACUUGCGGAGAGUCAGGUUGCAGAUUUCCUUACUCAAUUGGCUGCCAAAGUCGAGCCCAAGGGCAUCAAGGUGGGAAGUUAUCCUCGAUGGGGCAAGAAUAAGAAUGUGGUAACCCUGGUGGGUAGCGAUCGAGAAUACAUGGACACUUUAGAGGCCGAGGUGGCCGAGGGCGUCAAAGGCAUGAGGGUUAGAGUAGAAGGUGAAGAUGAUACGGACGACGAGACCGAUGUGAGAAAGGACAAAGAUGCAUGAGGCCGUUCUAGAACCAUAAUGAUCAACCCGUCCGCAUCAUCUUUCCCGAAAUAUACGUCAUGGUGGUUUCUUUUCCGCUCCGUCCAGACUACCAAAUCUCGAUACGGAUCUUGCAAGCGAAGUCGUCGCAGGUAUCAGGGGCUACCUCAUGCAAGAUGUUGCCCGGGUCACUAGUGUGCUAUGC